UUCGUCUGUCGUUGGAGCGUUUGUUGGAUAUAGCGUCGUCGUCAUCGUCUUCAUCGUCAUCGUCCCCACCGUUGGGCAAAUCGUACCGUAAAUCUCACUUAGAGAAAAAUGGCCAUUGCAAGCGCCUUUGAAAAUGAAAAGGGACAAGAGGAAUUAACCUACAAUAGCCGCGACCCGGGCACAACCGACAACUCCGACGAUGGUGGCGAGCUCUCUGGGGCCGUCGUGUGCCCUUCUCACACGACGGAGCGAAAGAUGAUGUGGCGUGUCGACUGGCACAUCCUCCCCUUCGUCACUAUCCUGUACCUCCUAGCCUUCCUGGAUCGCGUAAACAUAGCGAAUGCCCGAACCUUCAAUCUAGAAGCUGAUCUCGGUCUGAAGAAGACGGAGUACAACACAGCUCUGACUAUAUUCUUCGUCCCGUAUAUCCUUUUCGAGAUACCAAGCAACAUUCUUCUCAAGCGCUUCUCUCCGCGAAUCUGGUUAUCUGGAUGCAUGUUUCUUUUUGGGCUCGUCUCUAUCUUUCAGGGGCUUGCUCAAAACUAUGGCGGCCUGCUUGCUACUCGCUUCUUCCUAGGCCUGUUCGAGGCUGGAAUGUUCCCAGGCUGUUUCUACCUUAUUGGCAUGUGGUAUAAACGAGACGAGGCGCAGAAGCGGUAUUCUCUUUUCUUCUCGUCCACAUCGCUCGCUGGUGCUUUCGGUGGUCUCCUUGCCUCCGCCAUCGGGAAACUGGAUGGUGUGCGAGGCUAUUCGGGGUGGAGAUGGAUUUUCAUCCUGGAAGGUCUCCUCACUGCGGUCGUUGCAAUCAUCUUCUUUUUCACGUUCCCCGCUUUCCCGGAGGAGUCCAAGUGGCUAUCCGAAGAGGAACAAGCGUAUAUAAAGACACGCUUGAAGGCCGAGCAGGGAAACAACGGCGCCGAACGAAAAAUCACUUUCCGAGACGUGCUCACGGUUUUGAAGGAUCACAGAGUGAUUCUGGGCGGGUUUAUGUACUUCGGACUGAUUGUGCCGGCCUACGGGUACGCGUUCUUCGCCCCGACCAUCAUCAAGACAUACAACUAUAGCCCCAUCCAAACCCAACUGCACUCUGUCCCGCCGUGGGCGGCUUCGUUCGUCUUCUCCCUAAUUGUAGCCGCAUUGUCUGACUGGACGCGCCACCGUGCGUUCUUCGCGCUUGCGCCUUUGGGUCUCCUCAUUGCGGCGAUUGGCGUUUUGCUGUCCGUUCACACCAACACGACAGCUGAGUAUGCUGUGUUGCACCUUUUCACGAGCGGCACAUAUGCCGUCUUACCCAUAAUUGUCUGUUGGUUCCAGAUGAACCUAGGCGGCCAUCACCGCCGCGCUAUCGGCUCAGCGUGGCAAGUUGGAUUUGGAAAUUUAGGUGGUAUCAUUGCUACUUACAUAUUCCUGGACACCGACGCCCCAUACUUUACAAAGGGUUACGCAAUCUGCUUAGGUUUUACCGUCGUCAGUGCCUUAGCCUCGGUACUCUAUUUGAUAUCAAUCCACGUUGAGAACAGGAGGAGGGCUAAGACGGCCACGAAUAUUGGCCUCUCCGAAUAUGAGAAGACUGAAUUGGGUGACUUGAACCCUAACUACAGAUAUAUGUACUAAAAGAAUAUUUGGCGAAGGUUAGAAGUUGUGGCUGUUGCCUUUUUGAGAUCAAACUCCUCUGGACUUCUCAGGGCGGCUGAGGCUUGAUGAACACUGUCAGGAUUCAUCUAAUAUGCCUCGUGGAUGGGAUUCACGACUUGAAUGAUUUUUCGUAAAUAAUUCAGUAUAAAGGCAAACCCUUGAUCUAGUUGACAGUAUCAUUUAGC